UACAUCGUCGAUGAAGUGAAACCACAACUGCUGUAACGGUAGUAGCUAUGGCGUCGACAGCGGCGACCCGAACGGCAGUUGGCGCUGCAAAAGUUGUUAAACCGAUUUUUAGCCGAGACCUGGACGAAGCAAAGCGCAGAGUUCGGGAGCUGUACCGAGCCUGGUACCGAGAGAUACCUCAAACUGUUGAACUGUUUCAGCUGGACAUCACGGAGCGUCAGGGGCGAGACAAAGUGAGGGAGAUGUUUGACAGGAACAAGCACAUCACCGACCCCCGUGUGAUUGACCUAUUAGUCGUUAAGGGGAAAAUGGAACUCCAGGAAACGAUCCACGUCUGGAAGCAGAGGACCCAUAUAAUGCGCUAUUUCCAUGAGACUGAGGAAGCUCGUCCCACUGACUUCCUGUCCAAAUUCUAUCAGGGUCAUGACCCAUGAACUGUGCAGCAAUCUGCUGACCUCCAGCCCAAUGUGCUUGUGUCCAGUGUGACAGAUGUUGCCCUUUACUGUAAAUACAUGCUUAACACUCGUCCUUAAA